AUGCUGCUGUGGCUUCUUGUCAUCUCUGCUCUGGAUCUCGGGGCCUGGGGGGAUUCCCCACAGUUGUCUUGGCAUGAAACCCAAGCCACAGGGCUGUCAGAGGAGCUUCUGGACCUGUUUGCUGGCAUCUCACAGCUCAUUCUCAAGGGUCGCAGUGUUGCGUCCACCGUUGUCUCCCGCAAGGAGUGGGGGGCGAGAUUCCUGACCCGCAGCGCCCAGCUGACCCGGCCUGUGGCCUGUGUCAUCAUGGACCAGCUUACGGGGAUAGAGUGCCAGUAGCAGAAUGUGUGCAGCUGGAAACUGCGGGGCCUGCAGUCCCGUUUGGUCUACAACAAAGGCUGGUGCGAUGUGGCCUACAUCUUCCUGGCUGGGGACAAUGGCAGGGUGUACAAAGGUGUUGGCUGGAACAUCCAAGGCAUGCACGCCCAGGGCUACAACAACGUCUCCUUGGGCCUCACUUUCUUUGGCAAUAAGCUAGCUUGCUCCAAUAUCAUCACAAGGUCAGCUUGGAAAGCCAGACAGGCACACUGCCCUACAAUGAACCUCCCAGCCAAAUAUGUCAUCAUCAUCCACACCGUUGGGGCGACCUGCAACAUAUCCAUGGACUGCCUGAUCUGUGUCCGAGAUAUACAGUCCUAUCACAUGGACACACUGAACUUCUGUGACAUCGGAUAUCAGUAA